GGGAGAGAAAGAAAAAAGAUGACCAAAGACUUAUAAGACCUUUUGUGUGACAUUUUUUGUUGCUUUUGUAAAUGUUUGGUUUUGAUGAUGACUAUUGAAGUCUCAUGUCGGUUCUUAGAUAUGAAGGAUUAAUUCUUUCUGAAAAAAAAGUUGCUUUUAUCUUCCUUUCUUUGGUUAAAAAUUGAAUCUUGAGCUUUAGAGUUUGUGUUAAUGGUGGAUACAAGCUGAAAUUAAGAAGGAAGAUUUUUAUGCUAAGCAAGUUAUAAUGGCAGAUCAUAAUUCUUUACCAUCUCAAACAGACAACACUAGAAAAACAUGUUCCUCUUUUUUUGGUUCACCAAGGUUGUUCACUAGUAAGGGGUUUCCUGAUACUGAGUCUAUUAUGAGUCCAACUUCAAUUCUUGAUACUAAACCUUUUUCUGCAUUUAGAAACCCCUUUUGGUCUGAUUUAAACUCAAACACUCCAAAAUCCCCUAAACCUGAAAGUAGAGUUCAUUGCUCAAAAGGGGUUUGUCUUGGCCUUGUUGAUGCUUUGAUUGAUGAAAAAAAUGAUUCAAAAGAAUUGAAUCCAGUGAGCAGAAUGGUUGUUUUAGGUUCACAAUUGAAAAUUCAGAUCCCUGCAUUGCCUCCCUCUUUUAAUUCACCUACUGAUUCACCUCCUUCACCAGGUGAUUUUGGUAUCAAGACUAGAAAUUCCCAAUUAGGUUCUUUAUCUCCUGUGAAGAAAUCUCCAUUUGGUUCUUCAAAUUCUAAUAUGGAAAUCCCAAAUUCACCUGGGGCUUUUAGUAGUCUAUCUGCUGCUGAGAUGGAGCUUUCUGAGGAGUAUACUUGUGUGAUUUCAUAUGGUCCAAAUCCAAGAACGACUCACAUAUUUGAUGAUUGCAUUGUUGAGAGCUGUUGUGGUGUUGUUAAGUACUCUGAAUCAAGAAAAGAAAAUGAGUUUAUUAAUCCCAGUCCUCCAAUGAGCUAUCCAUCUGAGAAUUUUCUCAGCUUCUGUCACACUUGCAAGAAAAAUCUUGGAAUAGGGAAAGACAUUUACAUGUACAGAGGUGAGAAGGCAUUUUGCAGCAGUGAUUGCAGAUACAAAGAAAUGAUGUUGGAGGAGGGAAUGGAUAAAUCAGAGACUGAUGAUGUAUUUGGUAUUAUUUCCUGAUAAUGGCUGAGUCACUGAAUUGCUGAUGGCUAGUUUUGUCCUAGUAGCAACUUGCAAAAAAUCAAGUGAAGGUGUUAAGACUAUUGCAGAUUCAAAAAUUGUUUUUUGUAAAUUGGAUAAGUGAAUCUGUUUGUUUAGAUGCAUCUGUCACCUUUUUUUUUUUUUUUUUUUUUUUUUUUUUUUUUGGUUUAGGGGUAAGAAAAUGUCUUUGUUGAGGAACAGGAAGGCGAAAUAAUAUUUGAAGUGAUUGAUGAAAUUUUUAUUUUGAAGAAAAAAAAAAUGUAGUAGGUGAUUAUGGUGUCUGACGCUACUUUGGAUGCUUUUUGAAAUUUAUGAUAUAAAUGAUGUUGAUUGAUGAUGUUAGAGUAAA